AUGAUUCAACGAUUUCUUUUGUGGUUACUAUGUAUUUAUUUUUUCAUAUACCAGUUGUCAGCUGCUGAAUGCAAUUCGAGUAAGUUUUUUUUUUCUUUUUGAUUUGAUUCACAAAAUUAUUUGCUUCCGUUAUUAAAAUACAUGGGUUUCUUCAAAGUUUAGGUCAAAUGUGCCCGCUCGGAUGGAGUGUGCUUCGUCGUCCUGAUGGCUCCGCCCACACUUGUGAUCCCACAAAUCCAACGCGUAGUAAAUGCCCAAAUGGACACACUUGUGUCGCUGCGAAAUGUGGAAUCAAAUUCUGCUGCAUUAAUGACAGUGAGUUGCGAUUUUAGGUGAAUUAGAUGUUACAAAUUUACAUAAAACCCUCUUUGUUAAAACUUUAAAAACCUCUUGGUGUUUCAGAAAUGGCCAGGAAAAUUGCCGAGAGAAAAGAACAAGAAGAGGUAGAGGAGGAUGAAUUAUGA